UGUGAUGAGCUCAAGAUAGAUGCAAAAGUGUUGAUGACAUGGAUCAACUAUAACAAGUUGCUGUUAACGUCUCUCAUUCUGUGGAGAUGGCAAUUCAGAGAGGGUUCUCGAAAUCGAAAGCGACGAGAUCGGCGACGUCCUCGAUCCUGGUGCUAGCGGCAACAGUCACCGCCAUUGCCAUUAUCUUCCUUAUCUUCUCUCUCCUCUCCACCACUUCUUCAAACCCCAAUUCUCCGCAACACCACCAACUCCGAAGGUACCUAUAUUGGGGCGACAGAAUCGAUUGCCCCGGAAAACACUGCGAUUCCUGCGAGGGUUUGGGCCAUCAGGAAUCAAGCCUCCGCUGCGCUCUCGAAGAAGCCCUCUUCCUCCAAAGAACCUUCGUUAUGCCGUCUAGGAUGUGCAUCAACCCCAUACACAACAAGAAAGGGAUCCUUCACCAUUCCGUUGCUAAUGCUACUUCUGAGGAAAUGUGGGCAGGUAGUUCUUGCCCCAUGGACUCUUUAUAUGAUGUGGACAGGAUGUCCGAGACUAUUCCUGUGAUUUUGGACAAUUCAAAAGAGUGGUAUCAUGUUCUGGAAACGAGCAUGAAGCUGGGAGCCAGGGGAGUUGCACAUGUGCAGGGUGUUAGCCGUGUCGAGCUUAAACAGGAUACUCACUAUUCAGGUCUGUUGCUUAUCAACAGAACCGCUAGCCCUCUUUCUUGGUUUAUGGAAUGCAAGGAUCGAAACAACCGUAGUGCUAUAAUGUUGCCAUACUCGUUUCUGCCAUCAAUGGCAGCGCGUAAACUAAGAGAUGCAGCAGAAAAGAUCAAAGCACAACUUGGUGAAUAUGAUGCCAUACAUGUCCGUCGUGGGGAUAAAAUAAAAACCAGGAAGGACAGAUUUGGAGUAGCAAGGAGCCUGCAUCCUCACCUUGAUAGGGAUACGCGAGCGGAAUUUAUACUCUGCAGAAUCGCAAAGUGGGUCCCUCCUGGAAGAACCUUAUUUAUUGCUUCAAAUGAAAGGUCUCCUGGAUUUUUUUCACCGCUUGCUGUCAGGUACAAAAUGGCAUAUUCUUCAAACUACAGUCAUCUCCUGGAUCCCUUGAUUGAGAACAAUUACGAGUUAUUCAUGGUGGAGAGGCUUAUCAUGAUGGGUGCGAAAAUGUUCAUCAGAACAUUCAAAGAAGAUGACACGGAUCUUAGCCUCACCGAUGAUCCCAAAAAGAACACAAAAGUUUGGCAAAUACCUGUCUACACAGCGGAUGAACCAUGCUGACACCUACAUUCAUACAUAGUACACUACAAUUUCUUUGUAAUCCACAUCAAGUAGAAACACUUGCAUGAUCCCAAAUCUUUGGGAAAAAAUGCCAAGGGACUAAGGGGAAAUGUGAGCCUCCUUAGUUCAUGUUGUAAAUUUUGAGGUUAGUUGGAACUAAAAUUAGAUUCAUUUUUUAAAUGCAUUAUGCAUGUAUUUAUUUCGCUC